AUGCUAUCGCUACUACUGCCAGCACUUGCUUCCGUGAAUGUGAGCCUCGACAUUCUCAUCUUUCAAUCGGACUCGCGCUUCACGUCGGCCGAAACUUGCCUCGGCGAGUGGUUCAACGGCACGUGCUGGCAUGAAGAACCCGCGAAGACGGUCGUGGCGGCGGCCUUGACGGCAGUGGCGGACUUCAACUCGCGAGACGGUGCCGCUCUGCCCGUGCUUGGGUCCUUGGAAGGAUGCGACAAACAGCUCAGGUUUCGGCUGCUCGACAGCGGCAGCACAGCUGGCACGGCGGUCCAAGCGCUGGGAGACUUGUCUGGCACAGACGUGGUCAUCGGAGCCGUCCGAAGCGCUGUCACCGCCACCACUGCGGCCAUCACCGGCGCGCUCGACAUCCCACAGAUCUCGUACUGGAGCACCUCUACCGAUCUGUCGGACAUUAUCCUGUAUCCCCGCUUCAUGAGGACUAUCCCCUCGAGCCUUGCUCCCGCGAAGGGCCUCUGCUCCUUUUGGAAAGAGCUUGGGCUCUCGACCGUGGCUGUCCUCUAUGCGCGAAGCACGUACGGCCGCGCCUACGAGGAAGCAGCGAAGGACGCCUGUCUUGGCCUUGGGUUGACGUUUGUGAGCAGAGAUAUCCGCAAUAUCCCCGACGUCCCCGACUUCUAUGAUGUCUCAAUUUACCAGCAAUCGAUCCGUUCCGCUGUCACCAGCCUGAGCGAGAGCGGAGCCAAGGCAGUGCUAGUCCUUGCAUCCAAGCCGGUACUCGAACUUAUCGUAGAAGCUGCACUCGACACCGGCCUGCUCCGAGCUGGCGUGUCUUGGAGCUUCUCUGACAGCGUCGUGCCAGAGCAACUGGACUUUUUGAGCGAGAAGGCGCGUACCGCGCUCAACGGCAGCCUGAGUAUCAAGGCGGUCGGUGCGACCGAGGGCAGCCUGCAUUGGACCAAGUUCGCAAACGAGCGUUGGGCGAAGCUUCAGCCCGGAGACUUCAACCCGUUCCUACCUGCCGACUGGCAGAUCCGCGGCGACUUCUUCAGCACCGUCGAUCCACACACGAGUACAGUGCUACGCAACGGCGGUGUGUUUGCUUACGAUGCUAUCAUAGCGGCAGGGCUGCUGGCGUGCAAGGUGGCCCCGACGGGCAAUGUGCCGGCCUCGUUUGGCACGCAGUUCUGGGCGUCCAAGCAGAGCCUGUCCUUUGACGGCCUUACUGGGCGCGUGGAGUUCGACGAGAAGGGCGACAGGAGCAGCGCAAACGUUCACCUGUUCAACCUGCUCGACCAAGGCGGCUUCUCCGAGAAACGCGUAGCGCAAUUCGGCAACGGCACGUGGACUUGGGACGGCGGAUCGCGCGAGAGCAGCGGCGUAAUCUUCAACUUCGGGAAGGUCGAACCGCCUUUUGACGCGUCGCCACCGCCGCCGCUCCCACCGCCACUGCCGCCGUCGCCCCCGCCGCCGCCCCCGCCGCCGCCGCCACCGCUGCUCCCACCGCCACUGCCGCCGUCGCCCCCGCCGCCGCCCCCGCCGCCGCCUCCGCCGCUACCACCGCUCGCAUCGACAUUGGCACUGAACGGCGAGGAUAGUCUUCCUCUCCCCUAUCUCCUGGGCAUCAUCAGCGUCGGUUUGAUGCUGUGCAUCGGUCUAUUGCUGUACUGCUGCCUACCCGGCUGGCUUAUACCGCCGCUAUCGCGCAUCGCCGCGUUCCACGGCACGAGACCAUGGACGCUGCUCCGCAGGCGCAUCUCACGGUGCGCUCCCGUGCGCUUCUGCGUAGGCUGCGCACGAGCGGUGCGGCGGGCGUGCAGCAGGGGUCGGACGACGCCGUUCUUGCGUCCUACCGCCACGCCUCGCGUUGUGUGGGAGCGGAUCUGCCGCAGGGCCAACAAGGAGCCGGCCGAGGGCCCUCCCGACAUCGAGCGGCGCCCGUUUGUCGAGCAGCGCCUGUGGGCCUCGGUGCUGGAGCAGAGGCUGUGGGGGACGGCCGCGCGCGAGGCUGCACAGCUUCGCGCGUGGCUCCACGAGACUCGGAACACGACGCCCUUCAUCGAGGCGUGUGUCGAGAAGCUGCUCUCGAGGGGCGGGCCCGCGGCUUGCACGCUGCACCGCGGCUACAAUGAUGACGGCUGUGAGGAUUCUCCAGACCUCGAGGCGCCGAGACUCAUGAGGACGAUCUCCGCGCCCCUCGUCGAGCAGUCCCGCGCGUCGCUGAAGAUGAGGGACCUGCUUCGCUUCUGCCUCAACGAGCAGGGCGCGGGGGGGAGGAUGUUGUGGGAGGAGUGGAGGGCUGCUCUCUGUGACCUCCGGUCAAAGGAGAAGCACCGCGACGCGUUCGUCCGCUGCGACUCUGCCUCGAGGCAAGCGCCAAGGAGCGCGAUGGGGUCAUCCGAGGCUGUGGCCCUCUACGGAGGGCGCGAUGCCGCCGCCGAAGGUGCAGUCGGCCCAACAGCCCCCGCGUCCCGCCCGGGCGGGGGCCUCCCCCACACGAGCGGGAGCUGGUGGCCUCCUCUGCCGGUGCUCUACCAGCCCCCGAUCUCGCAAGGGGGCGCGCAGGCGGGCAGCAGCCGCACUCUUCCCUCUGAACCCAUCUCGGUGCACGAGUUCGCCUCCCUCCUGCUCUCGCCGUGCAACAGCGCCAUCGAGCAGAGGAGCGCCCCGAAGGAGGACGCGACCGAGCCGCUCACCAGCUACUGGAUCGCCUCUUCGCACAACAGCUUCCUCGAGGGCGACCAGCUCACCUCCGCCGUGUCUGCCGACAUGUACCGCCGCAUCCUGCUCUCGGGGACUCGCUGCCUCGAGAUCGACUGCUGGGACCCCACCGCCUUUGGGCGGUGGUGGGGCCAGGGCCCGCGCGUCACUCACCGCAUGCCGGGAGGGGUCCCUCUCCUCUGCGGAAGCGUCGCCUUCGGCGAGGUGGUCGCUGCGAUCGCCGAGCACGCCUUCACCGCCAGCCCUCUCCCCGUGAUCCUGAGCAUCGAGAUGCACUGCUCGGCGAAGCAGCAGAAGAGGAUUGCCAAGGAGCUCAUCAACACCCUCGGCGACCUGCUCUCGCGCAGCGACCGCGUCGAGAGCACGCCCCUCCGCGAGCUGCACCGGAAGGUCCUAAUCAAGAUGCGGCUCGAUAAGGGAGGGGUGACCACGGACCCGCUCCUCCGCACCCUCGUCACGCUGCCCACGAGCUCCAUUGGUUCGUCGCCGCCCGUGGAGGACGACAGCGGCAGGCGGCUCGGCCGCAUGGCGAGCUGGAAGGUGCUCGGCGGCCGCUCCCUCCACCGGGGCGUCUGGGGCUGGCUCCGCGGCGUGCCUCGUGAGUGUCACUCAAAGCGCGACCGUGACAGCAGGGCCACGCAGAAAUCCGAGUGGUCUCUCAGCUCGACCUGCUUGAUCCGCGGCCCGUCGCCAGCGGAGGAACCGACGAGCGAGCUCUCGGGCGCCAGGGUGCCGCGCCGCGGUAUCGUGAGCUUAUCCGAGGAGCGGCUGGAGCGGCUGGCGGCGUGGCGCGCGGGUGUGCAGAUGGUGGCUCUGAACCUGCAGACGAACGACGCUCUCCUCGGUCUGCCGGUGCAGCUCCACGACGCCCUCUUUCGCGGAAGCGGCGGCUAUGUACUCAAACCCGCGGCGCUCCGUGCGCCCGAUCGGGCGAUCGCGUCCCCGGUCCACUUGAUGGCGCCCGAGGUGCUCUCCCUGCACCAGCUCCCGACGCGGGACGAGUGCCGGCCCCUCCUCGGCGAGCCCCACCACCCCUUCGUCUCGCGCCUCAGCGACAGCCCCCGCCCGCCCAGCGGGGCCCGCGCCAGCGUGUCGUGCCCGCGCGUUUGCGUCGAGCUCCACGCCAUCGACGGCUUCUGCGCCGUCGCGCGCGAGCCGCAGCCGCCGCCCGAGGCGCAGGGCGUGACUCGGCUCGUCACCGCGGUCGCGGAGGGCAACGGCCUCAACCCAACCUUUGACGAGACCUUCCACUGCCUCGCGGCCGAGCCUCACCAGACCAUCCUCCGGGUGGUGGUGGAGGACGAGGGGCGGCUGGUGGCGUACGAGACGGCGAUGCUCGGCUCCCUCCGCUGCGGCUACCGCUGCCUGCACCUGCGCUCACCAAGCGGCACCCAGAUCGACUCGUGCUGCCUCCUCCUCCACAUCUCCGUCUCCACCGAGCCAAACACCUACGGCACUGUUGAUGAGCUGCGCAGCAGGGUGCAGUCGCAGCGCUCGCGCAUCAGCCAGCAGAGCCGCGACAUCCACCACUUAAGCGCAGAGCUCUCGCGGCUCGGAAGCCAGUCGUCGUCGCCGGUGCUGUCCCCCGCGCCGAGCUGUUUGAGCGCACGCUGGCCGUUGGAGCUAGCGCUGGAUGCUGGGGUCAGUGGGGCUCGAGCUGGCCGGCCGUCGCCGAUCGCGCUCCCUCCCGGCGCCACGCUGACAGUCGGUCGCGACGCGUCGAGCGGCGUUGCCCUGCUCCCGCGAAUCGAUGCGCAGCGCAUCUCGCUCCAGCACGCCGUGCUCCACGUCGCCGCAGACGGUCGCAGCGUCCGGCUCGAGGAUGUCUCGCGCAAGUAUGGCUGCCGUGUGCAGCAGCCGGGUGGCGAGCCGGUCGUCCUGCAGUCUACAGCCGAGGAGGUUGCGAGCGCCCAGCUACGUGAGGGCAGCGUGCUAACCUUUGGGCAGCCCGACGCGGAGGACGAAUUUCGCUACGUCCUUCGCGCUGCUUGCACCCUCAGCAAGGACAGUGAUGACUCUAGCUGCGACGGCGAUAACGAACGUGAGCAAGCUUCGCCGCCGCUGCCGCCGCCGCCUUCGCUGCCGCCGCCUUCGCUGCCGCCGCCUUCGCCGCGGGCCUUCUCCUCAUCGCCCUUGGUGCCGCCCGAGCACCGGACCCGCCCCUCUGCCCCGAGGCCGCUCGCCUUUUACGCCGGCGCUGGCAUCUCCCCCGCUUCGGCGCCACAGCAGCGCCGUUGCGUGCGCUAA